AUGUUUGUGUCAACAGAGAAGUUCCAGGUGAUUGGUCCCAAGGACCCCAUUGUGGCCGUGCUGGGUGGGGCCAUCACACUGCCCUGCUACCUGUACCCUGCCAUGAAUGCAGAGAACAUGGAGCUGCGGUGGUUCCGGUCCGUCUUUCCAGAAGCCGUGUUCAUCUAUGAGAACCAGCAGGAGCAGAAGGAGGAGCAGAUGCCACAGUACAAAGGGCGGACCUCGCUGGUAAAAGAUUUCCUCACUCAGGGAGAGGCUACUGUACGCAUUGACAAGGUUCGGGCUUCUGAUGAUGGGCUGUACACCUGCUUCUUCAAGAAUGGAGAUUUCUAUGGAUAUGCCUCUUUGGAGGUGAAGGUGUCAGGUGUGGGAUCUGACCCUCAAGUGCACAUUGAAGGACCAGAGGAAGAUGGAAUCCGUGUGGUGUGCACAGCCUCCGGGUGGUUUCCAAAGCCCCAGGUUCAGUGGAGAGACCCGAGUAGAAAAAAGUUCCAGGCUUUCUCUGAGGCCCAUGCUCAAGAUGCUGAGGGGCUGUUCAGUGUGGAGGCCUCGCUGGUGGUGAGAGACAGCUCUGUAAGGAACGUAACCUGCUCCAUCCUUAACCCCAUCCUGGGUCAGGAAAAGGUGAAAGCGAUUUUCAUUCCAGAGCCCUUUUUCCCUCAGGCUUCUUUUCCUUGGAUGCCAGUGUUUGUGGUGAGCCUGACCAUGCUGAUGCUCCUCAGCUUAGGGCCUGGCUGUUUUCUCAAAAAAGAACAUUCAGCAAAGAUGCAGCAGUGGAAGGAUUGGAAGACUCUUCAACAGGCUAAGGAGGAGGAUGAGAAAAAAUGGAAAUCGGCCAACAAGGAGGCAGAUGAACUUCAGAGAGAGCUGGGUAAGUUCUUCUCUCCCUCUGGAACUCUCGGUAUCCUGUUUGGGGAAGACUUUCUAGUUCAUAGUUCACCUCAUUUCCUGUAUGUUGCCUUUCAGAGAGGAGGAAGGAGAUUUAUCACACUGCGGAAUACAGGCAGGAUAGGAGUUUUUGAGAUUAUUGAGGAAGAGAACAGGGUGUUUCUGCUCACUGUCAGGGAUAUGGGUCUUGAGAGACAGAGAAGGGUGCUCCAGGGGAGCAAGGAGAUCUGGGAACCAAAUGUGUGA